AUGCCCCGUCCAGACGGCUCUUACGCGCAGCUCAUUUGGAAAGAGGCAGAGAAAGCCCGCUCUGACCCCUAUCCCGAAACAGUUGGCUGGAGGGAGGAGAGGGAUCAGGGCAGGGAGAGCUGUGACCCGUGCCCUCUCGUCCAACUCCGGCUCUCCGGACUCUCAUAUCCCGGCGAAGACCAGAGCGCGAUCGCCCGAGCCCGGAGACGUCGCAGACUGGCUGCUAAUGCCCGUGAGAGGAGGAGGAUGCUGGGCUUGAAUGUGGCAUUCGACCGCCUGAGGAGCGUCAUUCCUAACGUGGAGAGCGACAGGAAGCUUUCCAAGUCUGAGACACUUCAGAUGGCUCAGAUCUACAUCAGUACUCUGAGCGAGCUGCUGGAGGAAAGAGACUGCGACCCGGAAUUCAGUUACCCAGAGUUAACCAUGGCCGCGCAGGAUCAGGUCAUUGUGAAGGGUUCAACGGACACUGAAGAGACCAAACCAGAGCAGAAAACGGUUCCUGCUUGUAGGAUAAGACCACAUGCUGGGAAUCUCAGAUGGUCCACUUGCUAUGACCCCAAAACACCAGAACUCACACUGGACACUCACUAUCUGGAGAGGAGCAAUGGAGCAAAAUAACAUUCUCAGUGUUUUUUAUUUGCAUUAAACAUUCUUGUGUGUUGGAGAUUUUGUAGUAAAAUAUACAUAUUCUGUAAUUAUUGAUAUAUUUCUCCUUUU